AUGGAGAAUGUGGGAGUAUACACUAGCUUACUCUACCUGCUAGAUUUCUUUGGUAAUCUCUCUUGUUCAGGUAUAUCACUCUUUCUAAUGCUAUCUCAUGAAGAUGUUGACUGAAGUGCUUUAGAGCCUCUUGAGCUAUCAGAUUACUUGACUAGUUUCCAAAAAAUUGAAAUCUUGAUAAACAUAUGCUCCUUUGUUGUUCUUUUGCCAUUCUGAAAUACGUACUUUUUGUGGGCACUUCUUCCAAUGUUCUUGUACAAUUGUUGGAUGCUUCUUCGCAAAAAGUAUGCUCAUAAUUUCAUGUUCAUGACUGAAUACAAAAACAGAAGUCAUACAGAAACUGUACUAACUGCUAAAAUGAUUAUAUACCUACUAUACGUGUGCAUCUCCCUAUUCAUGUUCGUAUUCAAAUUCGCCGAAUACCUUUCAUAUUGGUACUAACCUCCAUAUCUAAAAACAGACAUUUUCUAUUUCC